AUGGUUGCAUUAAAAACGAUAUUACUAGCAGCUGCUGCUUUCGGUGGCUUUGCAACAGUAGCGAUUGUCUUAGGACUUAUUCCUGUAUACACCAGGACAAGUGCCACCGAUACUACCGUAUCAUCAACUACUACUACUACCACGGUUACUACAACAACAACGACCACUACAAUUACUACGACAGGGUCAAAUAAUACCGGAACACCGAUCACUGCAACUACCAAUGCGAUGUCAAAUGACACAGCAACUAUUGCAGUGUCUAAUGAUACAGCUGCAACAGGCACUGUAACUAUGACUACAACAUUAAACGCUACAAUAAUAAUGACUACUACAAUCAUUACUACAGGAUUAAAUGAUACUGGAACGCCAGUCAUUACAACUGCCACUGCAAUGUCAGAUGGCACAACAGCAACGCCCAUUGCAGCUACUAUUUCAAUGUCUAAUGACACAGCUACAAUGGGGGCUGUAACUAUGGAUACAACAUUAAACGCCACAAUAACGAUGAGCUCUGCAAUUUCUACUACAACAGGAUCCAAUGGCGUAGCAACAAUGGCCAGUACAAUCACUACUGCAACUCCAUCCAUUGGCACAAAUAGUGCUAUGACAUUUUAUGACACAACAAUAACUGGAACUGUAUCGAUGUCAUCCACUACAAUAUCAACUUCAAUAAUAUCAUCAAUGAGUGUACAAUCCGAAACUCUUUCAACAACUGCAAUUACAAUCAGUGAUCCUUGUCAAAGUACAAUGAUGAAUUUACCAUAUUCAUCAACUUAUUCUUUUAAUCCAAGUACUGGAAAUCCAAUAUCUACUUCCUCUAUGAGCAACGACUUGUCUAUGGAUAAUACUGGUUCAAUGUCAAUCGAUUUUCAUGUUACACAUUCAUCUGAUCCAUGUGCAAUAUAUUGGACAAGUUCAACAAUAACUGCAAUAACUGAAACUACAACAGUCUAA